GAGAUUGUGCAAAAGAACGGGCUCUCUUGGAAAUAGACUUUGGGCAAAGGGGAAUCGGGCUGGGAAAUGUCUAGCGUCUCUAACGCGCUUCUCAUUAUUGUUGGGAAGUAGGCUAGGUAAAAAUGAACUUGCUUGUCAGUUCUCAGGCACCCCCAAUACAAAAUUGGGAUAUGCUAGAUAAGUCUGUUUUCCAUGAGACUUAAGAGUCCAGGUCUAAAAAUGGAAUUUAAACAAUAUUGAAACGAAGUUGUGACAUUAUACAAUAUUCUUCAGGCGCGGCCCUGACUGACUUUCGAUGACUUUCAGAGAUGGUCUGCAAGCCAAAAAAGUAGUCUAUGAACUUUUUAUAAUAAAGGGUGACGGAAAUGACGUAUUUUGGUGUUUUCGUUCCUUUAAAAAAGUGCUGAGAACUCAAAGGAGACCAAGAAGAUACUUUGAAGAUGCAGGACACAGAUAAGGGUUGAGAACCACGAAAAUUGUCAGGCGUCCAAAGAAUUUGUUUUGCGCGAAGCCUGGUAUCGUAUGAAAUGAGUUAGCAAUCUGUCAGCGGUUUCGCUAGUUAAAUAACAUGGCGGACGACACGACGGAAGGGAAUGUGUUGCAGUCUAACCAACCCAAGCCAAAGAAGCAAUCGGGGAAGACAAAGGUGUCUUCCUCCCGAGCCAAAAAACCUGGACGUGGUGAAGAAAUUAAAGAUGAUAAACAAAGGUUGAAAGAGCUUGAAACUUCAAUUCGUUCGCAAGUGGCUGCAGAAGAGCGAGCUCAUAAAAUAGUGGAAAGACUUGUUCUUGAAGAUAAAGUCACAAGAGACUUUCUUGUUAAUUCAGGAAAUUUCAUCACCACUAGUCACUAUGCAGAUGUAGUAGAAGAAAGAAUGCUGUCGCAAAAAUGUGGAUACCCUUUGUGUAAUACUCAGUUGAAUCAGAUUCCAUCCCAAACAUACAGGAUAAGUUUGAAAACAAAUAGAGUUUAUGAUAUCACAGAAAGAAAGAGUUUUUGCAGUAACUUUUGUUUCAAAGCCUCAAAGUAUUUUGAGUCGCAAAUCUCAGCUUCUCCAGUGUGGACACGGAUUGGUGAAAGUCCAACGACAUUUGUUUUACUGGAAAGUGAUAGUAACACCAAUGGAACUGCUACUGGUGAUGUUUUGGUGGGUGCAAAAGAUGACCAAGAAAAUGUGAGUGGUGAAAUCAUGGAGUAUGGUGGCCAUGAUGAUAUGGAUUAUGCUGGUGGAAGUGAAAGAUGUGCAUAUGGAAUGAGUGUGGGCAAUGCACAGGAAUUGUCAGAGGAAAAUCAUCCUCCAAUAGCAAUAUCUGAGGAUUCUGUUUUUUAUAGAGGGGACUGUUCAACAGAUUACUCAUCAUCGUCAUUGUUUUCCUUGUCAUCUUUAACUCAUGGACAUGACCAAUCACUUGACAAAUCUGGUCAAUUACUGGAUAAACCUGAUCAAAGAUUUAAGAUAUCACCAGAAUCUAAUGAUAGUAAAAGUCAAUUUGCUUUACAUAAAGAAAGAGUACAGGACAGUAAGGACAGAUCUCUCAGCAGAGAUAUGACCAUUCAAUCAGUUCAGACAGUGUUUCAAGAGUGGUGCACGCAUUCCACCUUGGAAUAUCUCAGCCUCUCUCCGAAAAAUGAUACUCAGAGUGUCUUUCCAGAGGCCACAGAUCCAGACUCCUUUACAAGGAGAGUUACACGGUUCUACCAACCCACGAUUGCUGUCAAGGAAGACUCAGACUCAGAUUUGGAGACUGGGACAAGCCCAGGCAUAGUUAGAGAAGAUAUCGUGAUAAAAGAAAAGAAAAACCUUAAGCGGGAUCCAGUGUGUAUUGUGCCACCGAUCGACUCAAAGUCACAAACGACUAUAAGAAGACGAAUCGUGUUGGACAAGUUGUUUCGAACCAUGCCGGAUUUGUUGAGCGAAGUCAAGUUGACUGUUGGUGAAAUAUCACGUGACCUCACUGAGCUUGUGCACACGUUUAGCUUAAGCAGUAAGAACGUCACUCUGAAACCAUUCCAGUGGAAAAUUCUCGCAUUGGCUUUCAUUUUAAUACUUGAGAGAAAGAACUCCCACGUAUCACAAGCAUUGGAGUCAUGUAAACAGAACUGGAACACUUUACUCGCACGCUUGGAAAUCACUCGUAAAGAUAUUGACCAGGUUUUAACGCCACUGUCGACCUUGCAAGCUCAACAUCCGGGACCUUGUAAGAGCGGCACGUCUGACGACGAGGCCUUCAAGACGUCUGAGUCUUCAAAGGAAAAAAGCGUUGUUUUCAACAAUAGAAACGAUUACGGCGACAUGGAAGAAUUGGACUAAAUUGCACAGAAUGGACACGCUGGAUGUUGACAGUCCUUAACCAGCGCUAUCAAAUAAAUAAAGAGCAAUUAUAUCAUUUGAGUAA